AUGUUCGCUCGAGAACCACCUUUUGUCGCCCAAGAUCCCUUCACGAGGCCCAUUCCAUGGCCAUUCACCUGGAAACAUAGACGAAAGGCAGAGCCGACGGACAUCCGAGUCGAACACCGUCCCACGAAUGUUGAAUCGGUUUCUCAGCACUUUGCACCAGAUGGAUUCUGGGAAAAGAGAAGGGUUGCUGUUGCACGAUUGAAGCGCGCUGCUUCUCUCCCGCGAAUGAAAGACGGACGACGGCUACCUUUUUAUCAUCGAGCGCCAGUGGCAGAAGAAGAAGGGGCGGAGGCUGAAGAGUCCAAGGAGCAAUAUCUUCCAGCUGAAUCAAGUUGGGUCGUCUCUUACGCCGUCCAACCACCUGCUGGCUAUGUUGAAUCCCACCAGGUUCCAAACGAUAACAUAGGCUUUAUUCCAAGCCAAGCUUUCGAGAAUCAGCGGCCAACAACAGGGAAAUGGCCGUCGCUGGAGCAGGGUCAGGUACAUGCAGAGUUGUUUGCAAGGCAUUUAGCAGACGGAGUAGAAGCAGAAGCCAAUGCACCGUCAAAACUCCACGAAAAUGUUACUUCCGCUUCACAUGCAAUUGAUGACACUGAAAACAAUGCAUCCACCCAACUCGCGACGGCGAUCAUGCGUUCCUCGACUCCAGAUACUCCACCACAAUCGCAAGCGCGAGGAAACUCACUUCCCUCACUACAAGACCUACAACAUGGGCUUUUCAAGUCAAAUAUCGCUAGUGGUAGCACCUCGGCCAGCCGCACGAUGGCCAUGCACCAGCUUACUGGCGGUCCAGAGGCCCAUGAUCCAUCUGUGCCACAUGGUAAUCUCAGGCUAGGGCGAAACCGAACCGUUUCGGGAGAGGAAAGAACGACUGCGCGGGAAUUGAUGCUUAACCGCCUUGGAGGACGAAUAACGCGUGAAUCGGUGGCAGAAUACAAACAAGUCUCAGUUCCAAAUCCCGGGUCACGUAAAAGACGAUCACACGCGGGAGUUGGCGCUAAUGUGUCGGCAUUAAAUGUGAAUGAGCAGGAAGAACCACUUCAUGAUGCAAUGGCUUCCAACUCAGACGACGACGACGACGACGACGACGACGAAAUAGUUUUAUUCCGCUCCGACACACCACCAACACAACCGCCACGCAUGCUAUCGCUCAUCCGCGAAGACUCUAGAUCGUCAACAUCCAGCACAGUCUCUACGAGUUCAGCUUCAAUCUCAUCUGUCGAAAAAGACCGAGCAUUUACUGCCUCGGACUCCUUGUUCGAGAUUACCGUCAUUCCUCCCAGUCCCAUCGGCUCAUCUGAUUGGGUAUCUUCGGGGUCAAGCAUCGCAAGCCCUCCAACAUACAAUGGGUCAAGUUAUGGUCUUGGGGACGCUAAUCCCCAAACGCAGCCUGGUCCUGCUCAUGUAAUCCAACCACCGCAUCGGCUGACCCCACUUCGACGACGCACAUCUCUCCCACUUCCUGUGACACAGCGUCCUCCCAAGCAUAACAUCCACACGUUGCAAAAUGUUGUCUUUUUCGCCGCAUUUGUUUUCUUCGACUUUGUCCCUCGUCACGCAUAUAUGCACUUCCUUCUCCGUAUACCUGCACUCUAUUUCUCACGAGUUGCCCGUAUCUUUGAAGAUGCACAACUGACGCUACCAGAUAUCAAACGGAUGGCGCGAGCGAAGGCUGCCCAGUGGCACAUGGACACGGCUACUGCGCAUGGUGAUAUGGUUGUCCCAAGGACCACUACAGAAUCAGACGACACCCCACUACCACGAAGUCUCCUUUUGUUUAGAGCUUCAUGGGAAGGUUUUAUCGACACCCUGGUUCGGGAAUGGAAGACUUUCAAUGUGAUCAGUGUGCUGCUCAUGUCAGCAAUCUUGACUCUGCUUCAAAUUGACGGAAGCUCCCAUCCAAUAACACGGACGACGGCAUUGUUCUCGUUGAUCUGUGCACUGAUGAGCUUGCUCUAUGGUUGUAUGUUCAUCAUUCGCUUUGGCACAAUGCGAAAGAUGCACAAAGCCAGUGGGCUAGCACAGGAAGCCCAGAAUGGUAAAGCAAAUAUUUGGUGGAAUAUUUGGGUCCUUCUUGCAAUGCCUGCCAUCUGGCUCUCUUGGUCCAUCAUAACAUUCCUGGCCUCAAUCAUGUCGUUUGUCUGGCUCGCAGGAAGUUCCGCAGACACUAUCGUCCUACUCUCCCCUCGCGCAGCCCUCGGUCCACGUAUUGGCCUCUCCUUCGUUUUUGCCCUCGGUCUGUUGUACUUCUGCAUGAUUGUGCGGGAGUUUCACAAGUUUGGAGACCCGUUGGAUCGUGAAUGGACCCGCGUCGUAAAUGAAUGGGCCGCAGAGCCAGCGAAAGAGGGCAUGAGUGACAAAAGAGAACUGUCUACCAAUAGCGAUCAACCUCAAAGUAUUCGACGACAUCUCGGACAGCACUCAGAGCAGGUGGUGAAUAAAACAACUGUCCAUCUUCAAAAACCUUUCAAUCGAAGCGUUCCUACACAAGUCAUGCCAGAAACCUCAAGCUACGUCAAGGAAAGCUCUCUUUCAAAUGCUGCCAUUCCACAUGGGUCGCCGUUGUUGACGGACACAAUGGCGGAUUCGGCUAGCGACGCAAAGUGGUCACAGUCUCCCGUCAAACAGGAGGAGUGGGACCGCUUUCGAUUGGACAUUUCCUCCGCAUCGAGCCAGUAUCGAGGAGUCAUCCAAGUUUCCGCCCGUCCUCAGAUCAGUUAUUCGAAGCAGGAGAGUAGGCCAAGUGAAACCAAUCCGACACGUUUUCAGCCGUUGGCAUUAUUUGCCGCGUCAGCUUCAUCAUCAGACACCAACCCUCAAAACCACGCACUUCGAGUGGAUCAGUCAGAGCUUCAAGUUACUUUACCCUCUGAACUGAUCGAGACCAUCCUCGACGAGCUCCGUGACGACCAUACAACUCUCAAGUCAUGCUCUAUCGCUGCCAGCGCACUUUGUACUCCCUCUCAACGCCACCUUUUCCGUUCCAUUUGGGUUCAUCGAGCGAACUGGCAAUACUACACUGUGGGGCAGCAAGCACUCCAUCGUGGUGUUUCCACUCCCUCUGGCACUAUCCGGCAGGCAGCGGCGGUAUUAUCUGACUCGCCACAUCUGGCCCUCUAUGUCAAAGACCUGACCAUCGAUUUGCCCGAUUCAGCUAACGAAGACGCACCACUGGCGCGCAUUUUGAAGGCUGUUGGGGCGAAUCUGGGGAGAUUUGUGAUCUCGGGACUGGUGGUGAGGUGGAGUGACCUCUCACCAUCGUUGGCGUCGGCGUUGGUGGACACGCUGGCAAGUCAAAAUUUGUGCAGUCUGCAUUUACUCAGCGUGCGCGGCUUGCCCCUCGAGUCAUUACGCAGGGCCAUCAAAACCAUCGCAGCACUGUCAAUACAUGCAUCGACGUUUUCUUCUGAGUCCCCGAAUACAUCAGACAACAAAGAACCACACCAACGAUCUCUAUCUCCCAUUACUCACCUCAUUCUAACGACAGGGCUUCUAGAAAUGUACGAUAUCAUACUCUCACCCAACGGCCCUGUUCUUGCAAACAUAUCGAAACUAUUUUUGCGGGUGGACCCUACAGUGGGUCUCAAUGCAGAUCGGCUGCUCAAAGUAGUGGCAGGAACACUGCAAGAACUCACGCUCGAUUGUGGUGAAUCUGCGCAACCAGUCUACCUCCCAGACCUCCCUCACCUACGUGCCCUAACACUGCGUCUCUUUCGCGGCAUUGCUCGCCGUCUCCCGAUGGGUCUGAUUGACACUCUGUCAGACCUCCCCUCAGUUGACUUGACGCUUAUUUUCGUCCUCGAGACGCGGAUUACGGAGCCCCCCUGGGACUCUGAACAAGUCGUUAUCCCGUCUCCCACUUUUGAUCUCGGCAAAGCGCAUUUCCGCGCUCUUUUCCUCUCAGGCUCUGAGGCUAUCGGACGAGGUCGGGCGACCAGGUCUCGGUGGAAGGAUUUAGCUUUCGAACAGUUUCGCAAGGCAAUGUUGCUCGCAUUUGGACACUACACUACCGACCAAGGGUUGGAUGUGGAAAGGAUUGAAGAAGGGCCAUAUGUGACGAGACUGCCUUGA